AAUCUCUUAUACAUUGUAGAUUGAAGCACAUGGACUUCCUCUCACACCUGAAUCAUUGGCUUCUCUCCCUCCUUUUGCCUCAAUUACCUUUAAUGCAGAAGAAGCAGGCAGAGAAGGUCGAAAACCUGAAGUUGCUAAGACUGGAUUGGGAUCAUCAGCAGCUAUGACAACUGCAGUUGUAGCUGCUUUGCUUCAUUAUCUUGGUGUUGUUGAUCUUUCCUCCUUUACCCAUGAACAACGUCAAGAAAAGAAAGAUGUUGAUGCUCUUGACAUUGUACAUGUGAUUGCCCAAACAGCACAUUGUAUUGCACAGGGUAAAGUUGGUAGUGGAUUUGAUGUGAGUUCUGCAGUGUAUGGAAGCCAACGCUAUGUACGGUUUUCACCCGAAGUGCUUUAUCCUGCUCAGAACGCAGGCAUGGCAACUCCACUUACAGAAGUCAUCAGUGAGGUCCUAAAAGCAAAGUGGGACCAUGAGAGGACUAAAUUCUCAUUGCCUCCUUUGAUGACUCUUUUACUAGGAGAGCCAGGAACGGGAGGAUCUUCCACACCAUCAAUGGUAGGUGCUGUAAAGAAAUGGCAGAAGUCAGACCCUCAAAAUUCACAUGAAACAUGGAUGAAGUUACUGAAUGGAAACUCUACCCUUGAAAUACAUCUGAAUGCCUUAUGCAAGUUGGCAGAGAGUGAUUGUACUUCAUACGAGUCUAUUAUCAACAACUGCAGCACGCUCCCAGCCGGAAAGUGGAGGGAGGCAGUUAGUGGGCCACAUCAAGCAGAAGUCGUGAAGGAUUUGAUGGGAGCUCGGGAUGCAAUGCUUGGUAUCAGGUAUCACAUGCGUAAAAUGGGCGAGGCUGCAGGAAUCCCAAUAGAACCAGAAACACAGACUCAGCUUCUGGAUGAAACGAUGAGUAUGGAGGGAGUUGUGUUGGCUGGUGUGCCCGGUGCUGGUGGUUUUGAUGCGGUCUUUGCUGUUACAUUAGGCUCAUCAUCAUCUUCAUCAAGCAACAAUCUCAUGAGAGUGUGGAGUUCACACAAUGUGCUCCCUCUCCUUGUCAGGGAAGACCCUCGCGGUGUUUCCUUGGAGACCCAUGGUGACCCCAGAACACGACAAGUCACUUCCGAGGUUUCUUCCAUCAAGAUUGAUGAUUGAAUUACCACAUCAAAGAACUUCAGCACAUCAAAGGUAGCUUCUUUUGAGUCUUUAAGAUAAAACUGCAAUUUUGUGUUGUAACAUUGUUGUCAUUUAUUUGUGUUUCCCCCAAAUUUUAUCUGCUCAACCAAUAAAAUAUGUACCAAUUUUUAUUUCAGUAAAUGAAAGCAAAUUGUAACUGUUUUACAACAUUCAUCGUCAAGUUUGUUCUGAAGGAGGAACAGUUUCCUGGGAUAUACCAAGUACAGAGAGAGAUGUAUUUUAAGCUGGAGUGUGUGUACGCAGUACUAUAAUUGAUACACCAUUUUGUUCAUAUAUACUCUGCAUCAACAAGAAAAUUUAUGUCGGAAAUUUGUUGAAUAAUAUGGCUCAAGUGAUCAACAUAUUCUUCAUUAAUACUUGGUAAUAUGUUAAUUGGGUGUUGUGUAGUUAUAUUAAAAUAAUCUUAAGAGAUGAAU